AUGGCUUCCCAGAUGGAGGAUCAAGAAUAUGGUGACGCGAUACCGAUCUUCUAUCAACCUGAGCUGUGGUGCAUCUACAGGGUUCCCAACAAACUCCGAAAUGUGAAUCCAGCAUCAUACACUCCCCAGUUACUUUCCAUAGGCCCUUUUCAUCAUGGCAGACUAGAGCUGAAGGACAUGGAGAACAAUAAAAGAAUGUAUUGUGAGAAUUUUUGUGCAGGUUCUAUGAAGACUAUAGAUGAACUAAAACUCUUCAUCAAAAGUCGUCUACAAGACAUUGUUGGUUGUUAUGCAUGGACCGUCAUUCAGCAAGAAACUGAACUUGUGGACGUGAUCUUAGUAGAUGCCUGCUUCAUCAUUGAGCUUUUUCUGGUGAACUCUGAAGAAACAACCGGAAAUUAUUAUCACUUGUUCAGAUCACCAUGGCUGAGGAAAGCUCUUGAGCAGGAUCUCAUACUGUUUGAAAAUCAGCUUACUUAUUCUCUGCUUCAAGACCUAUACGAUUUUGGCAUGCCUUCCUCUUGCUUUAAUCCCCCGAAUGAAGUGAAACCACAAAAACAGCCCCAUACCGGUCAUGAACAGCGAUACUGCUUGUCCUGCUUCCAACACUGCUUGCAUUGCGUUCAUCGCACCGGCCCUCAUGAUAAUUUUGUGGAGAUAGCCAACUCAGAACCUGUUCAUCCAUUUCUUAAGCUUACCUGUGAGUUCUUCAAAGAAUAUAUCAAGGGAAAGUUUGUCAGAAAUGGAGUGGCACCGAAACAUUUUACUGAUUUGGUAAGACACUUUCUAUGUCCAGAAGAAGAAAUGACCUGGGUAGAUAAUCGUCGUAUUUCUGUCAAAAAUAUAUAUGAUGCAAGAACGCUGAAGGAGGCAGGGUUAAAUUUCAGGCCACUUAAAGAAGCAGGCUUAGUCAUAAAAGGAGAUGAGUCCCACAAAUUUUGUAACUUCAACGUUGCCUGCUUUACAAGUAUGGACAUGAAGGUUAGUCAAAUUCGGGUGAACGAUCAAACUGAAUGCGUUAUAAGAAACGUCAUGGCCUUGGAGCGCUUAUUGUAUCCAAAAUCGGCGUCUAUCUGCAAAUACUUUCUGCUAAUGGAUAAACUAGUGGACAAUGUGGAAGAUGUAAACUUGAUGAUUAAGAGUGGUGUAAUUGAUAACAAGCUAGCAGGGUGCAGCGAAUUGGUAGUGAACCUGAUUAAUUCACUUUGCCUGGAGAUUAUGGAUGAUUCUUGCUGCUAUGGUGGUGUAUGUAACCAGCUCAAUAGGCACUAUGGAAUCAGUUUUUGGAAGCGUAAUGUGGCUAUCCUGAAACGAGUUUACUUCCAGGAUCUUUGGACUGCCAGUUCGACUAUAGUUGGACUUUUUGUCCUUGUUUUCUCAAUCAUUGGGACCAUUAAGUCGAUUGGUUACCGUUAUCAGACCUAA